CCAGUGUCGAACUGGGCAUUGCUUCACAGGCGAGUACUACAGUCGCUUUGUCCCGCACGAAGGCAUUCAGUGUCCCUGUGGAGAGCCUAUGCAAACACGAGACCACAUCAUCCGUGAAUGCCCCCGAUACAAUGGUCACCGAGACGGACUCCGCAAAGUCUCCAGAGACCUAUACUUGCCGGACAUCUUAGGGACGAAAAGGGGCAUAGAAGCCCUGGCAGCGUUCCUGGAGAAGUCAGGCGCAUUCACGAAGACUGGCGCCCCCAAACGGCCGCCAAUGCGACCCACAUUGGAUGAAGAAGAAAUUAAACCACGCUUGAAGACUGGCUGGGAGAUCAGGACCCGGAGAACAACCAAGGAACUCGCUCCAUGCACACAAACCCAGUCCCCCAUAGCCUGAGUUAUGGUGGCGUCAACCCCCCUGGAUACCAAGGACUCAACACAUAAAGACACUGAGAGAUCUAUACCAUUAAAGAUCUGAAAAUCCCCUUGUGUACCUACAGUAGCUACUGGGGCUGGCUAUGAGCAAGCACCGCCGCGUCUCUGUACAUAGAUUACGGGUUGCGGUUUCGAAAUAUAGAUUUUAAAAAAUAAAAAAUAAAAAAACCGCGUCGAAAUCAC